UCACGUUCUCUCGCUCUGAGUUCCCCGAGGACUGCCUCGCUUCUUCGGAUUCUGGAUUUUGCUUCGGAGACCGCAACACGUUUUCCUGACAAGCCAAUGUGGAAAAACCUGCUGGAGGACCGCUGCUUCCACCAGCAAGUUUAAACCAGUGUGUCUAAGAACCUACUCACCACGGGAGUUCUGCAAUGCUCACAGCCGUCUGUGGUUCUCUUGGCAACCAGUGCUCAGAGACACCUUGUUCUUCUCCAAGCCACUUGGAGCUGCAGCCUCUGCAGACAUAUCAACCUCAUACCAGCCCAGAAAGUGGGGGAGAUUUUCCAUCUCCUCUGCAACCUACAGAACUCCAGCACUUGCCUUUGGCUGCACCUGAAACGGAAUACUCGGGUAACAGUGGUUACGAGCUGCAUGGAUCUUCAAGGGUAGAUCUCGACAGCGAAAGCCAGCUGCCACCCGGGUCAUACGCUAAGCUUUUACAAGCAUCACCGGAUAUGUCUCAGCAUUAUGAACCUUGGUUUAGACCUACACAUUCAGGCAAUGCCACCGAUGACAAUAAUGUCAAUCCAUGGUGGGAUCUCCAUGCUGGAUCUAGCUGGAUGGAUCUUCAAAGUGGUCUCCAACCACCAGGCCACACAAGUGGGCUUCAGCCAGCCUUGGGUGGCUAUGGUUCUGCAGAACAUCAACUCUGUGGUCCACCUCAUCACCUGCUGCCUUCAGCACCACACCUUAUGAACCAAGAAGUUAUUAAAUCCCUGGAUUCUACUCAAGAGCCUCACCCAUUGGAGCAAGCUGGGGAUAGUAGCGGAAGACCAAAAAGCUCACGACGUUCAGUGACCCGGAGCUCUGGCCAAGCUGCUUGUCGAUGUCCUAACUGUCAAGAAGCUGAAAGGGUGGGCCAGUGCCCUGAUAAUUCCAAAAAGAAGCAUAUGCACAACUGUCAUAUUCCUGGUUGUGGCAAGGCAUAUGCGAAGACAUCCCAUUUGAAGGCUCACUUGAGAUGGCACAGUGGUGACCGUCCCUUUGUCUGCAAUUGGUUGUUCUGUGGAAAGCGCUUCACCCGCUCCGAUGAAUUGCAAAGGCACCUUCAGACGCAUACAGGAUCCAAAAAAUUCACCUGCCCUGUUUGCAAUCGAGUCUUCAUGAGAAGUGACCAUCUAAGCAAGCAUAUGAAGACACACGAUGGUGCCAAGGAAGAAGCUGAAGGAGAGGCUAAAACUGGACAAGAUCCUCCUGCUAAAAUCAAACGGGAAUCUGAGGGAAGCACUUCAAGUGCUACUCCUCAGUCUAAUUGAGCCUUUUUCUUUUCAUCUUUUCUCAAGAUGUCCAGCCCUUCCCAUCUUUCUAUAAUGGUCAAUCCUGGGUCUGUAACUUCCUAUUCAUGGCUAUAGGAUCAAUCCGUCCUGUGACAUGAACGUUAGUCUGUCCUUAGAUGCAAUGUUAUUUAUUUUGUAGGAGGAAACAGCGAUAUUGUUGGGACAGUUUGGAAAGUCCAGGCCUUUAGCAGCUUUGGGUGGGACUUCAUAUUGUACUUUUGUUUAGGGAAUAUAGGAAGAUACUGUUGUAAGCAUGGUUAAGGAGGUGGGUUGGGUAAGUGGCAUCUUGAGACAGUUACAAAUGGAGGGAUGUAGUCCUUGCCUCCUUCCAUUUGAAUGUUAGGUUUCAUGUUUUUGCUAUAUACAAAAAUCACAAAAACAUACAAAGGGUCAUAGUGGAACCCCACAUUUGGUUCCAGUUUAGUAGGUAACAUGGAAAUGUCAACCAUACUUCAGUUUCCAUGGGGGAUUUUUUGGGAGGAUCAUGAGUAGAAUUCUUGGCUUACAUCUCAGACAGCUACCUCACUCUGUUCCAAAAGCAGAGAUCUUACACCAUAUCCUUAAUUAUUGAUACAGGUGGCUGUAAAAGUACUUUAGCUUUUUUUUUUGGCAGUUGGUGACACUUGUAAAUUACCAUAAUAUGGAAUACCAUAAUUCAACCUUUAAAGUUUCCAGAAGUCCCAACUGAAACAUACAUUUCUAUAUGCCUUUGGUGCUAGUGUUUUGUUUAGAUUAUCUAUUAAAAAUAGAUUUUCUAAAAUUGUUUAUAUUUUCAACCAAACACAAAGCAUCUAGUCUCUCUAUGAGAUAUGACCAUUUCCUUUUCAUAGGAGAAAAAAGAAUGAGAAGAUAGAGAAAAUUGAAGGAACUGAAAAAUGAUUUUUUCAGGCCACUGAGAAAAGACAACUGACUAUUGGGUGUAGAGCAGGAUGGAAGUAUCAUAUUUUCUCAUAAUUAAUAUGCUGUUCUGUUAAUAUCUAGAACACUUUCUUAUGAUUGGAUGUUUCUUUAAUUCCACAGAAAUAAGAGGAUUUCCUUAGUACAAGGGAGAAAAUCUGUUUUGUGUUGAUUAAGUAGAAAUGGCUAGCACUUUUUCUGUACACACACUUUAAAAAUGUAUGUUCUCUCAGUCCUCCAAGCCUUUUUCCCUACUUCACUAUGCCUUUAAAGUAUCCUUGCAAAGAAAGUAUGUACUAAAGUUGUGGGUUAGGACUCAGUUUCUGAUUGCCCCAGGGCAAAUUCAGCAAUUAAGGAUGUGUAUUUUGUUUUGUUUUGUUUUUUGCAUUCUUACUACAGCAGAUGGCAAACUAGUUCAUGCACAUGAAUUGGUUAUCGUAAAUUGAGGGUAUCUUUCACUUAUGUUAAUACCAUUCUUGAUUUCCAGCUGUGUAA